CCUAUAUUAUGUCCGCAGUCUCUGGUCAUCUCCUGUACUAUGUCCGCAGUCUCUGAUCAUCUCCUGCACUAUGUCCGCAGUCUCUGGUCAUCUCCUGUACUAUUGUCCGCAGUCUCUGGUCAUCUCCUGUACUAUGUCUGCAGUCUCUGGUUAUCUCCUGCAGUACGUCUGCAGUCUCUGGUCAUCUCCUGUACUAUGUCCGCAGUCUCUGGUUAUCUCCUGUAUAUGUCCGCAGUCUCUGGUCAUCUCCUGUACUAUGUCCGCAGUCUCUGAUCAUCUUCUGUACUAUGUCCGCAGUCUCUCUGAUCAUCUCCUGCACUAUGUCCGCAGUCUCUGGUCAUCUCCUGUACUAUGUCCGCAGUCUCUGGUCAUCUCCUGUACUAUGUCCGCAGUCUCUGGUUAUCUCCUGCAGUACGUCUGCAGUCUCUGGUCAUCUCCUGUACUAUGUCCGCAGUCUCUGGUUAUCUCC